AUGAAUAAAACGAUCGUAAUUUUUUUCCUUUCCUUUUCCUUUUUAAUUUCCUUCCACUCCGUGCUGUCUGAAAAGCUGGGCAUCCAGAAGAAGAAAAAAAAUCUGGAGCAGGAUGCCAUGCACGCGUUGAUGAAGAAGUUGGAGAGUUUGUACAAGCUCAGCGCGACGGAUAAUAGCGAAAUUUUUAACAAAGAAAUGGAGGCUUUGAAGAAACAGAUUGACCAACUGCAGCAACAUGGGGGGGCAAACGAAGAGGAGAGUUUAGGCCACCUUCUGGAAAGCGAGGCUGCAGACGAUUCGAGCAAGAAAACCAUUUUUGGAGUGGACGAAGACGACCUGGAUAACUACGAUGGGGACUUCACCGGGCAGAGCAAAGGAAAAAUUAAGGGGCAAGCGGAUACAGCCCCAUCAGUUAAAGGUGAUGUUAGUCCACCGCCAAAUUUGCCUGCUGCAGCUGCUUCAUCACCCAAAGAAACCGUACCAGCGGGUACUAGUAACGGUUUAGUGGAAGCAGAUUAUGUAGUCCUCAAUACACCGGAUGGUAAUCCACGUCCUGUUGGACCCGGUGGAGGUAGCAGACCUUCAGCAUCAGGACCCGACGCAGCAUCAAACUUACAAAACCAAGCAACAGCCGAAGCUGGAGGAAGUACCAAUACACAAGGAUCACAGACAGGUGGCGUAUCCACCACGCCAGGAGCGAAUCAACAAGCUGGAUCAACACCUCCGGGAGCCGCCACCGCCCAAACCGAGAGUGAGCGAGAGCCCAACGUGAAGUACCUGGACAAGUUGUACGACGACGUCCUGGCGACCCAAGACAGCGCCAACGGAAUAGACGUCCCCCCCUUCCACAGCAAGUACAACGAUUUUAGGAAGAAGUACGAAUUUAAGAUGAACGACAGUGAAUACAAAAUUAUGAAAAAUCUUUUUGACGUUUCCUUCAAAAAGGAAGGGCAACAAUCCAGCGCCGCUUGUCUAGUGAAUGUGUUUAAAAAAGUGCUGGACGAUGAGCACUUGCAGAAAGAAUUUGACAACUUCGUUCACGGGUUUUACGGCUUCGCCAAACGACACAACUACUUGAGGGGGGAGAGAAUGGCCAAUGAAAAUCUCUACAAAGAUAUUUUUAAAAAUGUUGUGAAUUUGCUGAACACGAUUGAGGUGGUGUAG